AUGCCUUCGUUUCGCAGACACAAGCGCUCUCGUAGCGUCCUGACCCUACUACAUCGCGACAAGGCGAAAGGCGAGGACAAGGACAAGGACACGGACGAUUUCACCGACAUCGGAUCUGUCGGCGAUGCCUCGAUGAGCGGCUCCCAAACCGCCCACCGGCGUAAGGCGAGUCACAGCCACCUCAGCCGAAAGAAGACCGUAUCGCCGCCGCGACACAAUCUCGAGCCAUCACAGUCCCGCGCAAGUUACCAGCAGAACCCCGACAGCGACUCUGGCGACCAUCCCCUGACGAACCCUUCGGCGAACACGAUGGAAAGGACGGGGUCGGGCUCCGGGACGGAGAGUGGCAGCUUGUCCCUCGAUCAAUCCGUGCGGACAUUCCGUCUCUUCGAGAUUCUGAGAAGCGGGGAUACAAACGCCAUCUCCAAGGCCAUCAAGGAAGCGAGCGAUCCGCACGUCGCACAUAACUUGUACGGGACCACCAUUCUGCAUCUUGCCCUGCAGUGCGCCGAACCACAGGUGGUCGAGUUCGUCCUGUCCUCAAGCGACAAUCUGGACAUUAAUGCACGGGAUCGCGAGGGAAACACGCCCCUGCACCUCGCUGCACAGCUCGGCCGUGUCACACUGGUCAAGGACCUGCUAAAUCAACCCUCUGUCAAUGAUGCGAUCGUCAACUACCGCGGCCAGACGGCGCUCGAUGUCGCUCGUACGCCCGAGAUCUUCCAGCAGCUGCAGCUGACGCGAUCGCUCUUCAUCGACAGUAAGACCCAGGAAAUUCAGACCUUGAUCGCCAAGGGCGAUUACGAAAACCUCGAGAAACUCCUGGAAGAGCCCCGCGUGGAAGGCAUCAUUGACGUCAACAGCCUCGAUCUGGUGACGGAUCGGACGACGGCCCAGACCGGGGGCACGCUGCUUCAUGAGGGCGCUCGGAACAAGAACGUCCAGCUGAUCGAGCUGCUUCUGACACAUGGCGCCGAUCCCUUCCGUCGUGACAAAAAGGGGAAGUUGCCGCAGGAUGUGACCAAGGACGACAAGACUCGCGCAAUGUUGAAGAAGUCGCCUGCCGCGGCGAUCGCACAGAGAGGUAUCCAGGAAAAAGCGAUCUUGGGGAAUGUUAAUGCCCAGGGGGUGUCUGGCCGGGUAUCUGCGGGAGAGGCGCCGUUGGCCGGAAAAGAUGCUCGCGAAAUGAAGGGCUAUUUGAAGAAGUGGACCAACUACACCAGCGGAUAUAAGCUGCGAUGGUUUGUCUUGGAAGAUGGUGUGUUGAGCUACUAUAAGCAUCAAGACGACAUCGGCUCGGCCUGCCGUGGUGCCAUCAACAUGCGUAUCGCUCGCUUGACCAUGGACGCUCAAGACAAGACACGCUUUGAGAUUCACGGCAAAUCUUCUGUCAAGUAUCAUCUCAAAGCCAAUCACGUUGUCGAGGCGAAGCGCUGGUUCUGGUCCUUGAACAAUGCCAUUCAGUGGGCAAAGGAUGAAGCCAAAGAAGAGGAGAAGCAGCGUUCACAGAAUGCGGAAGCUCUUCGCCAGGCCAAGAUUGAUCAGGCAGAGGGCCGGGCGACUGAGACCCCCUCGGAGUCCGGCUUGAGUCACAAGCCUAGUACGAAGGGAUUGGCGCCUGGUUCUUUGGUCGUUCCCGGCCCGAGCAUAACCAGACUCAACACCCAAGCCUCUCGCACCACCCUGGAGACUACUCCGCUCGAUGAAGAAGGUUCGGCGUAUGGCUCGGUGGACCGGGGUGGUUCACCUCUCGACAUGAACCGUAUAUCAAGUCAUAACCCCAGUGCACCGGAUUUGGAUGGUGACGAGGACGAAUAUGGAGACUACGCGUCCACCCACGACGAAGCACCCAACGAGGACAAGGACGCGCUGAAUAUCACCGCGCAGUCUGCGAAACUGCAACUGGAUCUACUGGCCAACGUGGCGGCCUCCUUGCAGGCCGAAAAGGCGAGAAACCCAGAGAUGUCGAUUUCAGAUCCUGCGGUUGAGCAGGCUCUCGGUGCGUACGAGGGUGCAGUCAGCAGUCUAAGGGGUCUCGUCCAAAGUCUUCUCAAGAUCUCUCGGGAUCGGGAUUCUUACUGGCAGUACCGCUUGAACCGCGAGGAACAUCUUCGCCACAUGUGGGAAGAAAGUAUGGCUCGCGUGGCGCAAGAACACGAAGAGCUGCAAUCCCGAAUGGGGGAAUCUGAGGAGAAGCGCAAGCGAACGAAGAAGGCUUUGAAGGAAGCUCUCGAGAACGCAACUGGCGGUAGCCGCUCUGCCAUCCUUCCGCCCUAUUCCCACGGAGGCGACGACUCUGUCCAAGUUGAAGCCCGUGAGGUCGAUGGGGGUGCCGGGCCGUCUACCCAGGUCUCUGCAAAGCCCAGCCUACAUAAAAAACCGUCUGGUGUUUCUCAGAUCAGCAGCCUUUAUGACUCCGAGUCAGAUGGAGACGAGUUCUUCGACGCCAUCGACGCGGGUGAAAUUGAGGUGCAGGAUUUCACGGAGAAGAAGGCCGUGGAGGAACAGCCAGUAGAUGAGAGUACGCAGGCUCGUGAAAACAAACUGAGGGUCGUGAGGACAUCUUUCAAGGGAUAUGAAGACCCUGUUCGUCAGCGGCUGAAGAUGGACAAUGAUGACCGGCCGAAGAUUUCGCUCUGGGGCAUUCUGAAAUCCAUGAUUGGCAAGGACAUGACCAAAAUGACCCUUCCUGUAUCUUUCAACGAGCCCACUUCCUUGUUGCAGCGUGUCGCGGAGGACCUGGAGUAUACCGACCUCCUUGACAUUGCAGCAGAUCGAUCUGACUCUAUGGAACGUUUGGUCUAUGUCGCGUCCUAUGCUGCUAGUGAAUACGCUUCCACAAUUGGCCGUGUGGCGAAGCCCUUUAAUCCUCUUCUUGGUGAGACUUUCGAGUAUGUCCGCCCUGACAAGGGGUAUCGCUUCUUUGUGGAACAGGUCAGCCAUCAUCCUCCUAUCGGUGCUGCCUGGGCAGAAUCGCCAAAGUGGGAUUACUGGGGCGAGUCCUCUCUCAAGUCCAAGUUCUAUGGCAAAUCCUUUGAUAUUAAUCUUUUGGGUACAUGGUUCCUCAAGUUGCGGCCCAUCACUGGCGGCGAAGAGUUGUAUACCUGGAAAAAGGUUACUUCUUCUGUAAUUGGCAUCAUCACAGGGAAUCCUACCGUUGACAACUAUGGUCUCAUGGAGAUCAAGAACUGGACCACCGGUGAGGUCUGUUACCUCGACUUCAAGCCCCGUGGCUGGAAGGCCUCCUCGGCCUACCAAGUUUCUGGCAAGGUGGUGGACCGCAACGGAUCCCCGCAAUGGAUGAUCGGCGGACGCUGGAACGACAAGAUCUACGCCCGUCAUACCCCCGGAUUCGAAGCGCCCGUCUCUGGCCAGGAUCCCGAAUCGGCCAAGACCUUCCUAGUCUGGCAGGCUCACGAACGGCCCACGGGGAUUCCUUUCAAUCUGACCCCCUUCGUGAUCACCCUGAAUGCCCUGCCCAAGAUUUUGAAAGAAUACCUACCUCCUACCGACACCCGUCUCCGACCCGACCAGCGCGCCAUGGAAGAUGGCGAGUAUGAUCUGGCCGCCACGGAGAAGCACCGCGUUGAAGAGAAACAGCGAGCCAAGAGACGGGAACGAGAGGCAAAGGGAGAGGUGUACGAACCUCAGUGGUUCGUUCGUGACCGAUGCCCGAUCACCGGCGAAGAGUUCUGGUCCCACAAUGGGAAGUACUGGACUAGCAGAGAGGCCCACGAUUGGAGCCGGUCGGAAGACAUCUUCUAA